AACAGUGCAGUCAUCGCUCUCGUAUUGUGCAAAAAGUCGCUAACGAAACUUCUCUGGCCCCAGGUUUUCUGUCUCUUUCCUUGAACUCUCCGUCCUUUGUUCUCGCAGACAUUCCCUUCCUGCCUCAUUUGCCUCGGCGUCGUGUCUGAUCACUUCGAGGCUUGUGGCAAUGGCGACGAUCAGUCUGUCCAAGGCGAUGUCUUUGUUGAAAUCGGAUGCCACCAGACCUUCCGAUCUCUCGCAUACAAAAUACGUGAGUGGCCUUGUGUUUCGUGCUGAACCCACAAAGGAAUGUCUUCGCCGAAAGUUUUUUCCGGGCCGUCGAUGAGGACGGUUGAGCAUGUCCAGAGAAGCGAAAUAUCGUCCCCCAAUGGUCCUGUGAUCAUCGUCGAUCCAAACUCUUUGUUGGAGCUGCAGUCUAAAAAUCAUGCUGUAGGGCAGACAGGGACAAAUUCAGAUGCGCAUAGGAAAACUAAAAUUGUAUGUACCAUAGGUCCUUCUACCUGCUCACGUGAAAUGAUUUGGAAACUAGCUGAGGCUGGAAUGAAUGUGGCACGUUUAAAUAUGUCACAUGGGGACCAUGCGUCACACCAGAAAACCAUUGAUUUUGUAAAAGAAUACAAUGCCCAAUUCAAAGACAAGGCUAUAGCUAUAAUGCUUGACACCAAGGGUCCUGAAGUUAGAAGUGGGGAUGUACCUCAACCAAUUUUACUUAAAGAGGGACAGCAAUUCAAUUUCACCAUUAGAAGAGGGGUCAGCUCAGAAGACACAGUCAGUGUAAAUUAUGAUGAUUUUGUGAAUGAUGUGGAGGUUGGAGACAUGAUACUGGUUGAUGGUGGAAUGAUGUCUCUUUCUGUCAAGUCAAAGGCGAAGGACUUGGUUAAAUGUGCAGUUAUUGAUGGCGGAGAACUGAAAUCUCGCCGUCAUUUGAAUGUCCGUGGAAAAAGUGCAACACUUCCUUCUAUUACUGACAAGGACUGGGAAGAUAUCAAAUUUGGGGUGGACAAUGAAGUAGAUUUCUACGCUGUCUCAUUUGUGAAGGAUGCUAGAGUGGUUCGUGAAUUAAAAGACUACCUGAAAAGUCACAAUGCCGAUAUACAUGUGAUUGUAAAAAUUGAAAGCGCAGAUUCCAUACCAAAUCUUCAAUCAAUACUUUCAGCUUCGGAUGGGGCCAUGGUUGCUCGUGGGGACCUUGGAGCUGAGCUUCCAAUUGAGGAAGUUCCUUUACUGCAGGAGGACAUCAUAAAAAGAUGUCACAGUAUGCAAAAGCCAGUGAUUGUCGCAACUAACAUGCUUGAAAGCAUGAUCGAUCAUCCUACACCAACAAGGGCAGAAGUCUCAGACAUUGCAAUUGCUGUCAGACAAGGUGCCGAUGCAAUCAUGCUUUCGGGGGAAACUGCGCAUGGAAAAUUCCCAUUGAAAGCCGUUAAUGUAAUGCAUGCUGUGGCAUCGAGGAUCGAGUCAAGUGUUCAGAGUAGUGUUGGUCCUCCUAAUCAUCUGAGUUCCCAUCAGAGCGAAAUGGGAAAAAUUUUUGCUUUUCAUGCGACAACUAUGUCUACCACCCUCAAUACUCCUCUAAUGGUUUUCACCCAAACAGGAUCAAUGGCUGUUCUCUUGAGCCAUUAUAGGCCUUGCUGCACCAUCUUUGCAUUCACCAAUGAGGAAAAGAUUAAGCAGAGGCUGGCACUUUACCGCGGUGUUAUGCCGAUAUACAUGGAGUUUUCAGACGAUGCAGAAGAGACCUUCUCUCAAGCCCUCAAGCUGCUAUUGAAUGAGGGGCAUUUAGAGAAGGGACACCAUGUUACCCUUGUCCAAAGUGGCACACAAGCAAUCUGGCGUGACGAAUCCACUCACCUGAUACAAGUUCGUAAAAUUUCAUGAAUGAAAAUCAUCUGUGAAGAUAUUGUCAUUUUUGGUAAUUAAGAUUUUUUUUUUUUAAUAUUCAAUUGUGUGUUAGAUUUUCCCCCCCAAUUGCCUGUAAGGUUUUUGUAGGUUACUGGUUAUUAAGGGUUGUUGAGCACAAAAACUGGAUGCUUCAGGAACCGUCUGAAUCCAAAUGAUCCAAUUCAUUGAUUUUGGGAUU